CGGACGAAAAGGGCUAAAGGACGAAGGUGUUUGUGCAGACUGACGACCUCAGAGGACCUGCAAAUGCACGCGUUUGGAAGAAAACGAGCCGCUUUUGCGUCGGGAAAGCAACCAAAUGCGAAAGAUGCAAUGCAAAGAUUCGGCGUCGAUUUGUGGAGAGAAUGAAAAUCGUGUGGCUGGAAACGCUUUGGUUCGUGUCUGGACGUGAUCGUGCAGCAUCAAACGAGGAAAAAUAUGAAAUCGGAAUACGCGAAGAGGGGCGGCGGGAGGCAAGUUGCUGAGUUGCUGACGCGGACCGAAUUUUUCUCCAGUACGUGAGAAAGAAACAAAAAGUGCAGCGCAGAACAAGCGAAAACAAGUCCUUGCGUGCGGCGACCUUGACACGGGUCAAUUGCUGCCCUCAAGUUGGCUGUGUUGGAAGACAUCAUGCGUGCCACCCGCCUCAUCAUCCACCGCACCCCAGUCCGCGAGGGUGACGACAUGGCUAACCUUCCUGCGGACAUUCGCUCCAGCCUUGGCAGUCUCGAUAACAUGGGGGAAAGGAUGCUGGCUGUCCUCCUCGACUGCAUGCAUGAGGAGUUCUGCGUUUUUGACGACGUCGUCACGCUGCGGCAAAUUGCCAGAAUUGGUCUGACCAGCCGCUCUGGGAAGCAGCAAACGCAGUGGUCCCGAUUCAGCCUGCUCUGGCCCCUGCGCAGGUGGCUGCCAUUCAGGAAGAACAGGUGGCCCAGCCUUCGGCUCACCAAGAUAAUCUGAAGUAUCCCUUAAUGUUCCCAAUGAUUCAAAACAAAUUUACAAGAUUUGCGAAUUUAUUCUUUUAAUUGAAGAAACGUAACUUAAGCCACAAUUAUUUUAACCUCUGCUUAUUCCAAUAACAAGAAAAAAUUAUUUGGCAAAUUUUACGAGCGUUGCGUUUCUUGUGUGCUGUAAAAAAACAUAAUUUUUGUGUGCACCGAAAUGAAAGUUAAAAUUUGAAGUUCUGCUACUUAAUAUUAAUUGGACGAAUAAUAUAUACUUAAU